ACCUACUGCACUCUCCACCAACAACACAUCCUGCUCGGUUUCCAUCACUGCAUCACGCACGCACAACUCUACUUCCUCUCUUCUCUACACAUACACACACACACACACUCGACUACGUUCCGCGCUCACCAUCAGUCAAUCCUCCUCUCCUGCACCUCGGCCGGUCAUUCACACCACCACAACCGUCGCCCCCAAGUGACACCCAUCUUCCAUCGAUCGAGAGAUAGAAAUCACCCCUCCAUUCUUCCGAAACAUUCUCUUCUCCCACCAGGCUGUAUACGGGGAUUUUGAAAGACUCACCACCACCACCACAACAACAAUGUCUUGGCAAGCAUACGUCGACCAAAGCCUUCUCGGCACCGGCCACGUCGAUAAAGCCGCCAUCUUCAACACAGAGGGGAAUUCCGUCUGGGCCAGCUCGCCGGGCUUCACCGUGACGCCGCAAGAGAUGCAAGAGGUCGUAGGCGCGUACAAGGACACCUCGACACCCAAGAAGGUUCAGUCCACGGGCUUGCACAUUGCCGGGCAGAAAUACAUUGUCAUCAAAGCCGACGAGACAAGUUUGUACGGAAAGAAGGGCCGAGAAGGAGUCGUUAUCGUCAAGACGAAACAGGCUCUCCUCAUCACACACUACCCAGAGACAAUACAGCCCGGCACAGCCGCGAACACCGUGGAGAAACUGGGCGCCUACCUGGUCAGCGUCGGAUACUAAAACAAAAAAAAACACCAACCUAAACCUGAUGGGGACGCGCCGCCGAUGUGUGACGGAAAUCACAAAGACAAAAAAAUUUAUCGACCCAAAGAACUCCCCGGGUUCAUGGAAAAGGGGGAGAAGGACCGACUCUUUCUCUUCUUCUCUGUGCAGCCUCAUCGAGGAGCAGAAGACGACAACCGACCCCCAGAAAAAAGAAAAGAGAAAUGCCGGCGGCGCCAAACCAAAGGUCAUGAAGGACACGACAUUGAGCAUUCAUUGAAAGCAGAUAAACUUAACUCGGUCAACAUUUUUUUCUUCCACACACUCCUCGGUCCUCCUGCUGGGUCUUUUUGGAAUUACAUUAAAUGAUGAACAUCCAUCCAAUCAACCUGACCCAGUGCACAAAAUCGAAUCAAGAGCAGUUCAUUGUGAAUUUUUUGUCCCAAAAAGAAACAAUCGGCUUGUUUG